CAGAGUAAACUCCAAGACAAAAUCUACUCUGCAGGGUGAUGAUUCCCCGCGAAAAUUCUAGAACCGGAGCUGGAACUGGCAUGGCAUGUUGGAAGUCGUUUCUCUCCCUGCGUGAAAAUGCUGCUGCGUGUCUCAUUUGGUGGAGUGCAGAAGUACAUCAAGAUGCCCGAACUGACGUUUGGUGAUUUCUUGAGAGAAGUGAGUCUGAAAUUUAACAUCUCCGAAGACAGACGGUUGGACCUCAAAGUUUAUGACCAGUCUAACACCGAGGUAGAUUCAGAGGUUUUUGAGGAGCUCAUAAAAGAGUUCCAUGGACCUUUCCUAGUUUCAUUGGCCAAUGAAGCACCUUGUAACCCUCACUUCACAUCAUCUCCAGGGUCUACUGCAUCUGACGAGACAGUGAUCCUCAACUUCUCCCAGCUUGAGCCAGCCGAGGACCCUGUUGCAGCCCAAGGCAGUCAACCUAAAAGGCCUUGCCGGAUCAACUAUGAAGCAAGAGCUCUGAUUGAAAAAAUCCUGACUACAAAGCCUGGAGGUGACCGUAUCAUGGAGGAGUAUGCCAAAACAAAAUCAAUCACGGAUUCAACCAGAAGACGGCUCAUCAACAUACUUACUGCAGAAAUGACCGAAACACAUGGGACCUCGCCACCCCGGAGUGUGAAAGUGAUGUAUGCACAGGGGAUUAUCGCUCUGUUUCCCUACCUUGAAGACCCAUACUCACAGAAUGGAUUUGAACACUACUACGACCCGGAAAGCGGUUCAGGAUACAUUGCUUGGCGGUUGAAGACUAUUCAACGAAAAGCUUCAGAGGAAAGAGGUCCAGCUGUUAGAUCUCCUAAAGUUGGUGGGCCAGGCCAUGGACGUACUACACCCCUUACUGACAAAGUCCUGACUGAUGAGGAGGUGGAAUCAGCUAUCGCUGUGUUGAGACAUUCUGCUGAUGAGGAAACCAUCCGUGAAAAAAUGAAAACCACCUUCAGUUACCGCCAAGCAAUGGUCAAUGACCAUGACAAAUCGGCAGAGGUCUUCUCAGUUUUUCCACGAUUCCUGGACACACAGGGACUGGUAGAGCAGGAUUUCAGACUGAUGUUUGGCGAGCAGACUGCCAAUAAGUUCCUGGAGAGAUGGCCUACCACUUUCAAAGCAAGAGUCAUCAAGGAAAGCCAUGGACUUGUCCCCUCCACAGACCUUCUUGAUUUGAUGCACAAUGCUGAGACAUCCACUGAAGUUGAAAAUGGGUGGGACAGUGACAUGUCUGCCAUCAUACUGCUGCUACAUCUGCUACCGCCAUCUGCACAGGGACGCAAGAGGCCAGGGAAGAUAUCAGCAUCUAAUGCCGUCGAUCACCUCAUCAAAUUUCAAAAGACGGGAACAAGCCUGCAGCAGCAUCUAGACAACAUCACUCAAAGCCGUCAGCCCUACAUCCUUGCACAGGGACCCACAAAAAGCAGCAUUCACUCCUUCUUCAUUGCCAUCGACAAGCACGCACUUCCAUGCCAAGCCACCACCUCAGUCGGAGCCCUGGAUGAACUCUUCAAGGCCCACUUUGUCUUUGGUACAUCUUACAGUCCUGCCUUGAACAAUUUUUUCACUUUUCUCCAAACUGCCAUUUACAACAUUGAUGUAGGGAAAACUAAGGAAACGCCAAGAAUUGCAGAAUUGCGAGCUAGAAUGGUGCGUUAGACUUAAUUUAAAGAAAAAUGAGGUGCUUUCUUUGCAGUAAUGAUCUUGGUGGAGCAAACAAUCUUGUAAAGCAUCUCAAAGUAAUACAUGGACUCUGUACGGGAAGGACUCUUUAUCUUCAAUGUGGCCAAGUGGGAUGCUCACGUUUUUUCAAUAGUUUUUCUGGUUUUAGGAAGCACCUGAACAAGUGCCAUGUGAAUAGUGUGUCUGCUGUUAUUGCUAAUGCUGAACCACCACAGUGUCAAAGUGUUCGGGAUGGUGGUAAUGCAAAUCCAGCAGAAGAGCCAUAUGGGGCAGAGGUUGAGUCAGAGCCAGCCUUAUCGUCACAGCACCUUGUAAAUAGUUGUGCCUCUGUCAUUUCAGAUCUAAAGGCAGCAGGUGUUGCCCAGUCUGUUGUUAAUUCUGUUGUGACUUCUUUGGAGGAUAUUGUUCAGGACAUACAUGAGCAUGCAAAAGAGUCAGUCAUCCAGUGUGUAUUUCGCGAUCAAAGAGAAACUGAAACAUGCAAAAAUGUUGAGGAAUGUCUUAACCAAUUAGAGAAUCCGUUUACAGCUCUUAAUUCAGUGUACAAACAGUCAAAAUUUAUGUCGAGCAAGUGGGAAACUGUGGAACCAGUAGAGCUUGUUAUUGGCUCAAGAUUUGACUCGAGGCUCAACAAAAAGACAGGAACAUAUGACCAAGUAGUAGUUAAAGACACAUUUAUGUAUGUUCCAAUUUUAUUGACAUUAAAGUCAAUAUUCAAUAGUGAACACGCCAGAGAAAUGCUCAGAAGCCCACAUAUUAGUGAUUCAAAACUAAGAGAUAUUUGUGACGGCUCUUUCUUCAAAACUCAUCCUCUAUUUUCAU